GAAUUGAUGCAGACUUUGAAGCUUGGAAGGUUAAACUGUUGAAAAUAAUCAUCCCAGUAGCAAAAGGACUCGCAGAACCAAAGCCAAUUAAUAUCAAGGCACCUUGCGAAUGUAGUAAAGAUAAAGGGUGCUGUGAUAAGAAAAAGAACAAGAAUCCAGAGGAGGGACAGGGUGAUGCACAAGAAGAAGUCCCAUUUGAGAGCUCAAGUGAUGAUGAGGAUGGAGAAGAUAAAGAAGGUGAAUCUGUACUGGAUCUAGAAGAUCUUGGAAUAGUCAUGAAGAAACUCAAAAAAGCUAAAGAUGACAGGGAACAGGAGAAAAAGGCUUCUGAUGGGCCAAAAGAAAUGAUAACACCAUUAUUACGCAAAUCUUUAUCUAAACAAGGUAACAUAUUUAAUUUAUAUUCAUUUAAACUUUAUCCAAGUUUUCCUAAAAUAUCAGCAUG